AAAUUUGUUGUACUGCAACUGCAAGGGUAUAAUUGUAAUUUUACGUAAUAUUGCUUCGUUACUCUGACCUCCAUUGCGCGCGUUCUCCCUUCUUCGCUGCACCAUUAAUCGUUUCCCUCGUCGAUGUUUUACCGUGCACACCGCCUCUUUUCCCUCUCUUCCUCCUCACUCUCCCAUUUUCUCGCCGGAAAAUCAAACUGACCGCCGUUCCUCCUCCAUCGCUGGAAACCUCUGCGCAGUUCAGGCGAGGCCAUCCAUUCACUUGUUGUUAUCCAUUAUGUGUUUGGCUAUCCGAGAUCCAUAGGUUUUGAAUCGGUCUUGUCGACCCGGUCAAUUUUUGAUAUAUUCGGGUCGGAUAGUUUGCGGGUCCCGGCGGGAAAUCUCCACUACCGAUCCGCUUUUGGUGGAAAGUCUGGCUGAUGUAAUGGAUGUGCCGGAGGCAGUUAUAGUAAAAUCUAGCAGAUUGAAGUCCGUUGUGUGGAACGAUUUUGAUAGAAUAAAAAAGGGUGACACCUUUGUUGCUGUAUGUAGGCAUUGUAAGAAGAAACUGAGUGGAUCAAGUACCAGUGGGACUUCUCAUUUGAGGAAUCACUUAAUUAGGUGUCAGAGAAGAUCUAAUCAUGGUAUGUCUCAAUUUAUUUCAUCCAGGGAAAAGAAAAAGGAAGCAACAUUGGCUAUCACUAAUUAUGUUGAUCAGGGGCAGAAAAAAGAUGAUGUUCUAAAUCUUGUUAAUAUUAGAUUUGACCCAGAGCAAGUGAAAGACGAAACAAAUAAUACCCUGAAUUACAAUUUCGAUCAGCGACGAAGUCGAUUCGAUCUUGCCCGGAUGAUCAUCUUGCAUGGUUAUCCAUUGGGCAUGGUUGAGCAUGUUGGGUUUAGAGUAUUUGUUAAAAAUCUGCAUCCCCUGUUUGAACUUGUAUCAUGCAAUAGAGUUGAGAGUGAUUGUUUGGAAAUAUAUGUGAAAGAGAAACAAAAAGUAAACGAAUUAUUGGAUAAAUUGCCUGGUAAAAUCAGCCUCAGUGCUAAUAUGUGGACUGCCACAGAUCAUUUGGAAUCGUCAUAUCUGUGUCUAACAGCCCACUACAUUGAUGAGUCCUGGCAGUUAAAUAAGAAGGUUUUGAAUUUUAUGUUUGUUGAUCCUUCUCAUACUGAAGAUUUGCAUUCGGAUGCUAUCAUGACUUGUCUGAUGGAUUGGGAUAUUGAUAGGAAGUUGUUUUCAAUGACAUUUGAUUGUUCCUCUAACAGUGACUAUAUAUCAUUACGAAUCAGAGACAGACUAUCACAGAAUAGGUUUCUAUAUUGUAAUGGUCAAUUAUUUGAUGUUAGCUGUGCGAUAGAUCUUCUGAAUUUGAUGGCUCAAGAUGCUUUGGAAGCAUUAUGCGACAUUCUCCCUAAAAUUCGUGACAGUAUUCAAUGUAUUAAACAGUCUCGAGAAGUGCAAGCUAAGUUCAAUGAGAUGGCCGAGCAAGUUAAAGUUCAGAGCCAAAAGGGUCUGUCUGUGGACAAUCCAUCUCAGUGGAACUCGACUUAUGCGAUGCUCGGAGCAGCUAUAGAAUAUCGAGAAGCAUUUUCCCUUUUGCAGGAAAGUGACGUUGGCUACUCAGCAUGCCCAACUGAAGAGGAAUGGGGUAGGACCUGUGUGAUUACAGGCUUUCUGAAGUUCUUCUUUGAAGUGACUAAUAUUUUAACGAAGACCAACUUUCCUACUUCAAAUAUAUUUUUCCCUGAGCUAUGUGACGUACACUUGCAGCUGAUGGAAUGGUCCAAGAAUUCAGAUGAUUAUGUCAAGGCCUUGGCAUUCAAGAUGCGGACCAAGUUUGAAGAAUAUUGGGAUAAAUGUGGGUUGGCUCUAGCAGUUUCUGCCAUGUUAGAUCCUCGGUUCAAAAUGAAGCUUGUAGAGUACUAUUAUCCACAAAUAUAUGGCGCUGUUGCUGUACAGAGGAUUGAUGAUGUUGUGAACUGUGUGAAGGCGCUUUACAACGAACAUUCGAUCUGCUCGCCGUUAGCUUCAAUCGAUCAAGGUCUUGCCUGGCAAGUUGGUAGUAGUAGUUCAGGGAAGGAUGCAAGGGACAGGUUAAUGGGUUUUGACAAGUUUCUCCAUGAAUCCUCCCAGAGUGAAGGCAGUAAAUCAGAUCUGGACAAGUACCUAGAGGAGCCUUUGUUUCCUCGUAAUGUUGAUUUCAAUGUGUUGAACUGGUGGAAGGUUCACACUCCGAGAUAUCCGAUCUUGUCGAUGAUGGCUCGUAAUGUGUUGGGGAUUCCGAUGUCGAAAGUUGCAUCAGAUUGUGCAUUCAAGAGUGGAAGAAGGGUGGUUGAUCGAGAAUGGAGUUCGCUGAAACCAGCUACAAUUCAAGCCUUGGUAUGUUCACAGGAUUGGAUAAGGAGUGAACUAGAGAGCUAAUUCUGACACAUCACAGGUCUCUCUAUAUUUGUUCAUUUUUGUGCAUCUUCCCUCACUA